ACAAAACAAGAACGGUAAACGAGUGACGUGUAUUUCUGCUUCCUCAGCUAGACCUUCCCCUUAUUCAACGACAGACACCGACCUACAUAAUUGAAAAACUUCACCUCUAAAUACAAUCCACUGGCCCCUGAAAAGUUGCCUCACAAUCGAUGGAAAAGCCAAGACUAUAAGGCGUCGAAAAGGCCCGAUCUAUUUUCAAUGUUCUGGUCCACCAAAUGCCGCGUUUCAAUGCUGUGGGCCAGCUCAGCUCGCUGGUGGAAAACCAGGUGGUGCCUGUUAGAAGUCCGCCAAGCAGUAACGAGGAGAGAAGACGACAAAAAUUCGUUCGGACCAGUGCCACUUUCGCAUCCACUAGGGGUGGGGCAUCACUUCAUGAAGCCUUCGUUGGCACUGGUUUGCAUUUGGACUCGAUUACGGACAAUGCCGCCGCCACAGGCAAACAGUCCUGGAUACCGUAGUCUAAGCUUUCUUAGUGUCACGCUGGCUUCGGCAUUCAAUUGGUACGGAGAGUUUGAGCCAGUCGCUCGGGUCAGAAGGAAUACUUGGCUCUCGGCAGCUUGCCUCGCUUAACGUUGCCUAUCGAGGGUCGGCACGAUGGGGACUGGAGAUGGAGCCCUCCACCGCGGAGCAAACAAAGCAGUCAUGAACAACCGGAGAGUGGCACGCAGAUACGUUACUUACAGAA